GAGGAUAAUGCUACUGAUGAUAAUGAUGACGAUGACGAUGAUAAGGGCAAUGACAAUGAUAUUGGUAGCGAUAUUUUUUUAUGAUAAUGACAAUAAUAUUGUUACCCGUAACUGUUUCUUGUCCAAACAGCAUGAAGCGAGGUUUCUUUCGCGUGUUAACGCAGAGCCGUCCCAAGCUCUGGUUACGAGUAUGGAAUAAAAAUUUACUUUCUCAGUCGGUGUCGAGUUAUAGGCGACCGUUAAUGAGACUUUGUAUGAGAAAUAAACUACUGAGGUCUGCGAACGCUAAAUAUCUUUAAUGGGAUUGUAUUGGUAUUUUACCACAUCGAUAAAAAGGGUAAAUUCGAUAGUUUAAUCCAUGACUGGCCUUAUUUAAACAGUUGACGUGUGUAUUAAAUUUGUUUGAGUUAUCGCUGGCAAUAUUCAAUCUUUUCGGAUCUGUGGUAAAGAAACACUUCGGUCAUGUAUCCAAAAUAUCCGGUUUUGGAUAUGAUCCAAAGAAUCCACCUCCGUUUUAGAUCAUUUGGCUCAAUAAUGCGUUCUUUGUAUUUUAGCAAAGAAACGAAACAUCUGUUUUCAAAUUAAAAAUCCGGAUCUGUAUUUUUAGCAAAGAAACGCUCCCUAAAUCGUUGAAUCAACUCCAAAAAAAAAAAAAAAAAAAAACAAACACACUCAGGAAUACACAUCAAAGGUAAGUCACCUUUGUUUAUUUCAUUGAAAAAAACAAAGGUAUAAUGAUAGUUAAAGUUCGUAGACCUCAGUAUUUUACUUCUGAACGGUCGACUGUAAUUGUAACGCGAGAUCGACUCUCUUGUGAGAAAGUAAAGUUACAAUGCACAUUCGUAACGUGGGCUUGGGACGCUUGUGGUUACCUUGAGUAGUAUUCCAUAAUCUUAGCAACAUACGAGUUAGUUCUGGCAUUAUCAUUGAUAUCUGUCAAUUAAGACCAAUUAGCGAAAUUCUCUUAAUCCCAUGAUUCGUAUUUCACAAUUCAGUACGUUGAUUACCUUCUGCCAAGGGCAGUAAAUCCCACAUGGGAAACUUCGCGGGUGGAGGGUGGGGAGAAAAAAAAUGUAUUAUCCUUAAAAAUCAUUUUCACCCUUUUGAUGUCCAGAAAACGUUACAUGUGGUGAAUAAAAAUGUUUUACCUGUUACAAUUGUGGAUAAGCAACGCAUUUGCAGGAAUUUCCACCAGGCUUGUUAUGACAAAAUUGAAGUAAAUGCUACUACCGAAUUCUGCUGAACUCAAUGCAAUACCGAAGUAGACUACGCCAUUCACGUACCUAAAAAAUAUGUAAUUUAAUUUUUUAUAAUCCAAGAAAAAAAGGAAAACAAAACAAAAAGAAAAAGGAAAGAAAAAUGCUGUGCAGGUGUUAACGAAUAUUUCCAUUGUAUGGAUCAAGUUUAUAAUGGAUCGGCAAGUUUAACGUCAAACUACUCACAGCAAGUAGAUCAAGAUAAGUGACAGCUUCCCACGUUUCCAUGUUUUGAAGAGGUCCACCACUCCUUUGUUUUCUGUCGUCCCAGGAACAUAGAGAUCGUCGUUUGGGAGCGGCUUCUUGUUCACUUUUGCGGCGUUCUCCAAAAUAGCACGAGCUUUCUCUUUCUCUCCUUUGACAAGAAGCCAUCUCACGGAUUCUGGAACAAACCUGGAUUUAAAACCCUUCAGUCAUAUUACUUUUAUUUGCAAGCUUUUCCAUACCCCACCGUUUUACAUUUUGGAGUAGUUGCAAGCCCACUUUGUAAACACGCUGUCACUGAUUGUUUCAUGUGAGGAUGAUGAUGAUGAUGAUGAUGAUGAUGAUGAUGAUGAUGAUGAUGAUGAUGAUGAUGAUGAUGAUGAGGAUGAGGAUGCAUGA